AUUGCAUCUUCCAUACUUGCACAAAGUAAAAGGCCACGGUACCCCCAAGAAAAGAGAGACCGUCCGUCUGCAACUCUCCCCAAACAUGUCUGAAGUAACCUGCAUUGGUACUUCCUGGGCUCUUGCGGUCACACUGCUGGCGGCGAUUCUCGUGUCGGCCGCCGUGCCUCGAGCCGAGGCGGCCCGCGCGUUCUUCGUGUUCGGCGAUUCGCUCGUCGACAGUGGCAACAACAACUACCUGGCCACCACCGCGCGUGCCGACUCUCCCCCGUACGGCAUUGACUAUCCGACUCACAGGCCCACGGGGCGGUUCUCGAAUGGCUUGAACAUCCCGGACAUUAUCAGUGAGAAAAUUGGAGCAGAACCCACAUUGCCAUACCUAAGCCCUGCACUGACCGGACAAAAACUACUCGUCGGCGCCAAUUUCGCUUCGGCCGGGAUCGGAAUUCUCAACGACACCGGCGUUCAAUUUCUAAGCAUCAUAAGAAUCUUCAGGCAAUUGCAAUUGUUUCAGCAGUACCAACAGAGGUUAGGCGCGCUCGUCGGCCCGGCUCAGGCGCAGCAGCGAGUGCACCAAGCCCUCGUCCUCAUCACUCUCGGCGGCAACGAUUGGGUCAAUAACUACUUCUUGACGCCCGGAUCCGUAAGGUCGCGCCAGUUCACCAUCCCGCAGUACUCCCGAUAUCUCAUUUCCGAGUACAAGAAAGUUCUCAGGAGGCUUUACGAGUUGGGGGCUCGGAGGGUUUUGGUCACCGGCACGGGACCGUUGGGCUGCGUCCCGGCCGAAUUAGCCAUGACGGGGAGCAGGAACGGGGAAUGCGCGCCCAGGCUGCAGCAGGCGGCUGCGAUAUUCAACCCGGAGCUCGUCCAAAUGCUUAGGGAGCUCAACGGCGAGAUAGGCUCCGACGUGUUCGUCUCCGCUAAUGCCUUCAAAAUGAACAUGGACUUCAUCGACAACCCCACCAAAUUCGGUUUCGUGACCUCGAAGGUAGCGUGCUGCGGACAAGGCCCCUACAACGGGCUGGGGAUAUGCAAUGCGGCAUCGAACUUGUGCGCGGACCGGAAGGUAUACGCGUUCUGGGACGGGUUCCACCCGUCCGAGCGCGCGAACCGGCUCAUAGUGCAGCAGCUCCUGAGCGGGACCACCGAUUACAUGAGCCCCAUGAAUCUCAGCACCGUCAUGGCCCUAGACUCUCGCACUUGAUGAGGACGGCUCUCCGACCGUAGAUCUUUCUCCGGCCCAAUUAUCUUACUUUCCUGGUGUUUAUGGUAGUCAAAUAUGCAAGAAGGUGUACUUUACAGUGUGCGUUUUCCUUUUGAUUUUUUGGGCUUGGGAUGAAUUGAAGUGUACUUUGUGGCUGAGCUUUAGGUUA